AGACUGCACGAUCCAUUGGACCACGCUAUCCGUUCGCCCAAGCUGGGUCUCUGCCUCCUCUCGUCUGGGCAACGGGGACCGCAAGAGGUGCUACAACCGGGCACAAGUGGCUUGCUUAUCCGUCUGUCUGCGCUUCUCUGCGGCUCCAUAUUUUGAAACCGUCAGUGCUCGUCAGUGAGGGGACACCAACCAACACCAGACCGGCCACCCACCAUACUCUGUCCCUCGAGGUUUUGAGAGAAGCACGCCUGAUCAGGGUGGGGGCCAUGCUGCAGCCCGUCUUGUCCACAGCAUCAGCCAUCAUCGGCAGAUCAACAUGUCGAUGCUGAGUGGAAUCUUCGGCUUGGGCGUGAGCGACCCGGGCGCUGCUUCCGUAUCGCAAGAGCUCUCUGGGCUGUCUCUCGAACAUGAACAUGAGCGUGGGCAGCAGCCGGAUGCGCCAAAGGUCACGAGCCACGGCGUCGUCACCUUCGAUAUUACUGAUAAGUUCGUGACGGCAGCCAAGGCCCUGAAACCUGGCCGUCUUGUCAAAGAUGGGUACUUUACGUUGUUCGAGUCCGUGGGGGCCUUAGAGAUCAUGGAUCCGAAAAUGGACAGCGGCUGUUUGGCCGAUGGCGAGUUCCCCGAUCCGGACUACGAUGUCUGCAGACCUUUACUCCCCGAGGAGGUCAUCGGCAUUAUCGACCAGCUGCUCUGCCACGAGAUGGCCUGGCACCUCGGCUAUCCUCUCUCCCAAACCCUGCUCACCAACCUAUACAUCGAGAAUAUGUUAACGCCGAAGCCAAUGACUGUCGACGAGGCCGACUUUGUGCGCGACCCCAUCUCUCAGGCAUCAAGACCCCCGAUGCACACGAUCCUGCGUGCAUACUGCCUCGGCCUCCUGAAGACUUGCUAUUAUGUCAAUGAAGGAAUAAAAUGCGAGCAUUACUAUGAGGAGGAAGACUUUGUGUCAAACCAAUACAACAGAAGCCUCCUCGUCGAUAUCGACAGGGAGGAGAUACGAGAGGCGAUCCAGGAGGCCAGGGCGUUGCUGCACUCGAUGCAGAGCAUGUUCCCUCCAGAAAUCGUCCAGGCUCUCGACUUCAGACUGGAGCUGCGGUACGCUCUCCUGAGGGCCAUGGAGCUCACAGACCUCCGCAGCCACCCAGAGUCCAUCAAGACCCCCUGGAUCGAGCUCAAGGCGGUGCUGGAGCAAAUAAAGGCUUCCCACUACUUGGGGACCCCGGUCCCUGACGCUUUCAGCUCCAAGCUGCAGCGGCGGCUGGCUAGUACCAUGCCCCCUCGACCGAUCGUCAACAUCGACUUUGAGGACGCAUAUCCGCGCUUCCAGCGACUGUUCGAGGAUGGCAAGGAGCUCAGCGACGUUCUCAAAUACACUGAUUCACAGUCGCUUCUGAACUUUGUGCUCUGGUUCCAGGCCAAAAAGCCACAGCCCCUGAUCUACAUUCGCACGCUUCUACAGAGCUACGUAUUCAAGGACAACAUAAUCCUCGGGUCGAUGAGCAUCCGCCAGAUCAUGGACGACGACCUGUCGCUCGUCGUCCUCCCCUGCAGCCAGCUUCUCGACCACGCCAACGACCUCGUCGAGGCGCCGCACGACCCGCGGUUUGCCAUGGCGCGCCAGAUGGAGGUCUUCCGGCAGCGGGCGGCGCAGCCGUACCUGGACAUCUUCCGGGCGUUUUGCCAGAACCGGUGCCGGAUCCGGCGCAACUUCUGCCACGCCAUCCAGGAGUGGGAGCUGCUGCAGGUGGACGCCGAGGAGGUGGACCAGCUGCUGCAGGUGCAGCUGGACGAGAAGCCCAUGGUGUCGCAGUCGUCGGAGCCGGCCUACUCGCUCCCGCUCUCGUCGUGGGCGUACCUGUACAAGCUGCGGCUGAUGGAGUGGAUCGUGCAGCUGGGCUUCGAGCUCGAGGUGUAUCAGCCCGACGAGCUCGGCGGCAUGUACUGGUACCUGGCCUACCUGGCGCAGAAGCGCAUGCAGCACGUGGAGCGCAUCAAGGCCUUCACGCUGCAGAGCAUGAACGACCACCGGGCCCGACUCAAGGGGCGGGACCUGCCGGCGGCCAAGGAGGCACUCUUCACCCGCUCGCUGUCGUAUCUGCGCGCCACCAUGAUCGACGCCGCGGCCACGACGGAGCUCUCCAAGGCGCUCUACUGCAUCUACACGGCCCUGUACCGCACCGGGCUGGUGGCCCCGCCGCCCCGGCCCUAUAGCACCGACGAGCUCCGGUACGAGAUCCGAAUGCGGCCCUUCGCCUCCAUCGGCCUCCCCGAGCUGCCCGCCUUUGACCAGUUCGAGCGCCAGGUGAAGCAGCAGCACCUGCCGACCGACGACGUGCUCGAGGCGGCGGACCGGUCCGUCGCGGCGGCGCGCAAGGCGUACGAGCGCAUCGCCAAGUUCACGGAGCGCGAGGCCUUUGCGACGGGGGCCACGCACGAUCGCUGGACCGCAGGGACCACCAGCUGCGCCAAGUCGGCCAUCACGGCGAGCAUAGCCGUCAUGACGCUCCGCAAGGCCCUCUCCGACACCGCCAAGGACGGACGGGGCGGCCAAGGGCUUUCCUCGGCGCUCAAGGCCGAGGUGCCGAAGCCAGACAAGGGAUAUCAUGAGUGGUGGAUUGUGCCUAGAAUCACUCGGGCCUGAUGGGCAACAGUCCGGCCACUGAGCGGAGGAGAAAUCCGGGUUUGCUACUUGGCUUAUAUGCUUGCUUAUUUGAGAAGGUGCAUUUUCCAGGUCUACAUAUAGACACAAAAUGGCUGAUAUGGGGGAGAGGGAAGAGGAAGACAAAAGCGGAAAGAAAUGGGAAACGAUGUUGGGACUUUGCAUCGUCCUCACCUCACCUCGACUCGACCUGUGUCGGUGGGACGAGGCCGCGGUGCUCGCACAUUGACCUUCCAAGUCGAUGAUGUCGACGCAGGCAUGUCAAUCACGCCCACAGAAGCCCAUCUGGUGACAUUUCCUCCCCAACCCUGGGUGUGACAUGAUGCCUCCAGUGGAGAGGCAUCUGUGAUGCGGAUCCGUGAGGGGCCAGCCGUUUUUCAGCCGGACAGAGCCUUCUUCGCCAUGGUCCCGCGGAGGCGGACCGUCUGUUCAUAGAGCACAUCCUUGAAGGCAAACAACAAUGCGGCGGUCAGGACGCUCUGGCUAACCUUGGGGCCGAUGCCUACAAGAAAGAAGGAAGGAAUUGUUAGCUGUGGGUGCGAGCAGCAGCAACGGCGCGAGCGACGCGACCUGUCGGGAUCACCACUCACCCUUGUAAAGACCGGCAUAGCCUUCCUCCCUGAUGACCCUGCUGAUGGUCUCGGACAUGCCCUCCUUCUUGGCGCCGUUGUCGGCGACGUGCAUCUGGCUCUUGACGGUGAUGUAGGGGUACGUGAUGGUAGUGGCAAAGAGCUUGCCCAGGGCGCCGAGGAGGAAGGCGAUCAUCGGGGUGACGCGGCGGCGCCUCUCGACGGUGUUCUUCAGCUGCUCGAACAGCGUGUACUGCAGGAUGGGGUUGAUGACGAGCACCAGGGCCGGGACGACGCCGCGGAACAGCGCCUGGGGGCCCUCGUGGCGGAGCAGCGCCAGCAGCGUGGCCAGGGUGCCCGGCACGGCCUCCCUCUUCUGCUGAACCGCCUUCUCCCGGGCUGCUCCCUCGUCGUCCUUCUUGGGGGCAUCGGUCUCGGCGGCGGCUGUGGCCUCCCCUUCGGCCGGCUUCUCUGCCGACCCGGGGGCGGCGGCGGUAGUGACGGCGGCCUCCUCGUCGGCGGGGGCCUUGGCGGCGGCGGUAACCUGCUGCUUGCGGGUGGUUAUGCGGGUGUUGACGACCCAGAUGGGGUUCGUGAUGAGGACGGUGGCGGAGCCGGCCAGGGCGCCGGCGAGCAUGGACUCGACCGUGGUGAGCUUGCGCGAGCGGCCGGCGCGGGCGGCGGCUGACUCGAAGAAGGCGCGGGUCCACUCGUACCAGUAAUAGUAGACAAAGUUGGUGACGCUGAUGCCGAAGAGGGCCGACGACAGGCCGGCGUACAGGCCCGAGGCGCCCUCGCGCGCGACGAUGCGGCGGGCGGCCUCGAGGAAGGCCGACUCGGCGCGCUUGGACUCGACCUGGGCGCGGGUGGAGAGGGUGAUGAGCGGGUAUCUGCGACAAGAGGAGAGGGGUCAGGAGGUCAGUACGGAAACGAUGGCUGGCCGGCAUGCUUGCGGAUCGGGGCGCGCGGCUGGACGGCGGCGACGUACGUCAACACCAUGGAUAGG